UUCAUAUCAAGAUAGGCACGACUUACAAGAUGGACGCAAAUGUCAAUUGCUGAAAGUCAAAGUUAAAAUUGAAACAUUUUUUAACGACAGACUUUUAUUUUUUCACCAGUAUAUGCAUAUUUUAUGAUGUCUUGUUUAAAUACAUCAGUUAGUUGUACUUGUAACCUUUUCAGACAUUCAAAUAAAAUUGUGAAUUACAAUUUAACAUUUGUAAGGUUUAGAAAACCAAGAUGGGUACCAAAAGCACCCAGCAAAAUUUUCAAGGUCAGAGAACCGACACCUAUCGACCCAGUCGAAGCUGAGAAAAUGAUGGAAUGGAACAAUCAUUACAAUACUGCACGGAAAUCGGUUCAGAGUUAUCUGGUUAGACACAGCAAUGAGAUUGAAAGAAAGAAGCAAGGAAAUAUUGAUGAAAUCACACUUUCAUUUGAUCAGAUAUAUGCUCAGAUGACUGCUAAAAAUAAUGCCUGGAAUGCAAAAACAGCAAAAAUAAGAGAGAGGGAAAUGGCUAGUAUAUCUGAAGUUGAAGCCAUCCGUAAACAGAAGUUAGCAGAGCGAGAUAUACGAGAACUAGAGGAGAUACGGCAGGAAGCAAAAAAGAAAGUUUUGGAAGCAAAGGAUUGGAAAGAAAAUUUUAUUACUGAGGAGAAUCUAGAUGAUGCUUUGGAAGAAAUGCUUAAUUCUCGUUCAGAUUAUGAAUUCGCUCUAAAUCAUGACGGCACAACGACUGGUCAGACUGAUACAGAAGAACACAAUAAAACAUGACAAGGUGGCAUGUAGACUGUUGUAGAAUUUUAGAUAAUUUUAUUUUCCGGAAUUACUACAUAGACUGCUUUGAAGGAAGUUGCCUGGAAAGAAAUUGUUCAUUGUUUGAACAAAACAUGUGAUAUGAAUCUUGGAAAGUUUUACACAGAAUAUAAGCACGUGUUAAAUGGGUUUAAACUUACUACAGACUUAGUGGUAAUCAGUGUUUGCUUAAAUUUUUACAGUAAUUUGUUUUGGUAUAGACACUUCGAUGGUAUUAUAUCCAGGUGUGUUUUUGAAACCCUGGUCUAAAAAUAUUAAAACAAGCAUGAAAUAUCUUUUCUGCAAAUGGAGACCAAUUGUUCCAAGAACAUUUGUUGAAAAAGGUUAUAUUCAAAAUACAUCAGUAAAGUAAUGAAACAAAAAA